AUCGUCCGUUUCCUUGUGGCUUUGUCCCAGGCGCUGUGUGUCCCCACUUUCCGGCUGCUUGAACAACCCAACGGCCUCCAGAACCAUCCUGACACGGUGGAUGACCUCUUCCGGCUGGCUACCAGGUUCAUCCAACGCAGCCCCCUCACCCUCCUGCGUAGCCAGGUGAUCCUCCCCAUCCUGCAGUGGGCCAUCGCCGCCACCACCUUGGAUCACCGGGACGCCAACUGCAGCGUCAUGAAAUUCCUGCGUGACCUCGUCCACACCGGCGUGGCCAAUGAUACCUUCUGCCGCUGGCUGGAGAACUCCCUGAAAGGGUUGCCGAAGGAGACCACGGGGGGAGCCGUUCAGGUGACCCACAAGCAGCUGACGGACUUCCACAAGCAAGUCACCAGUGCUGAGGAGUGCAAACAAGUUUGCUGGGCUUUGAGGGACUUUACCAGGCUCUUCCGGUAGCUGAGGCCUCUUUCGCUCUGCCUGUCCCAGGAAUGUCUUAUUUUCAGAAGAGGAAAUAAAACAGCCAAGAUGGUGAAACCACAACUAGCAAACUUCACUGCGGCCGAAGGCUCCGACUCGCUCCGGUGUGUCCCGCCAAUCCAGAAGAGACGAUUUUGCUCCGAGAACCAAGUCGGUGAAGUUCCUGCUUGUGAGUGAGAAAAGAGAGAAAGGCAGAAAACAAAACAAAACAAAACGGAAAAAAAAAACAACCCAACCACCAGGGGGGGAAAAAAAUAAUAAUUAAAAAAAAAAAGAGGAAAUCCGAGCGCCAUUUAACCUGCGACUGCCGGGGGAAGAGGGGGGGGGGAAAAGGGGGAAGGACUGCUUUCCGGAUGGACUGGCUUUGGGGAAAGAAAAAAAGAAGGGGGAAAAAAAAGUGAAAAUGAAACAGAAAAAAAAAAAGAGGAAAACAAUGAUAACCGUAAUAAUAAUAAUUAAAAAAAAAGUUUUUAAAAAAAUCCCACCCAAAACGCGGAAACCAUCCAUAGCUGAUUUGCUAGGCAGCAAGAUUUGUUUUAAAAAAAUAAAAAAUAAAAUUUAAAAUUAAAAAAAACAAACGAGGAAUGGGGCAGGUGGGGGAAGAAACGAGAGAAAGAAAAAUAAUUUCUGUGAAAUGAGAAAUAAAUUUCCUUCAACCAUUCGU